AUUAAUUGCUACCAAGCAAGUACAAAGUAUGUACGAUAAUAUUACAAGUAUGUAACAUGUAAUUACCCACAUGUUGCUUCUUCUUCCUUCAACAACAACAACACUAAUAUUUCAUACACUCAGAUCUGCCUCAUGGGGCAUUUCUUAACUUCUCAGGAUGCUACAAAUAUCAAGCAGUCCGUCGCCAGUACCCUCUGAGAUAUUCGCCCUCGUCGCGCUUCUCGUCCUCUCACUUAUUGUUCUCCUAAUUUUGCGACAUUAUCUCCCGUUGCGAACGACACCCGCCUUCCUACUAGUGCCCGUCUUCUUUGCAUUAUGGCUGCCUGCAACCAUCGUUCUUCUCGUGCCUAUCGAUCUCGCUUCUAAUGCAAGUACCGAUGAUGAUGCCACGAAAGGCAUCUGGCUCCCUCCCAGGGCUCUGCUCGUGUCCUGGAGGAUUUCAUAUUGGCUGACCUUUGUCUUGACAUGGUUCAUAUUACCCAUCCUUGCCGAGUAUUCCGACGCCGGUUAUCGCGAGCCCAGAGAUCGCAUAUUCUAUUCGUUGCGCCAGAAUGCCCAGUAUUACGCUCUUGUAGUCGGUUCAGGAGUACUUGGUCUCGUGUAUUUCUUCAUAUCCUACGGUCCCUCGUUCACGUCGCUAAAGGGCCUGAUACUCGCCCUUGCUUACUGCUGGGGCUUAAUCUUGGCUAUUUAUCUCAUGGGCCACGGUCUUGUUGCUAUACCCCGAAACCUGGUUAGAAAUGCGAGCGCCAGCCGCCGACUGCGACAACUCCAGGGCCAAGCACCCAAGCUUUUUGAAAAGAUGGAGGAUGCCGCUUUAAAUCUAGAGGAUUUGGAGGUCCAAGUAUCGGAAUUGAGUAAGCGCAAGACUGGAAGUGCCAGAGACUUCCAGGACUGGAUUGAGGAACUCUCGGAUAUAUGCAAUAUCCCGGAAUCUCGCCCAAGGAACCUCUUGCCUCGAGUGGAAAAUGAUAGUCGGAUAAUUCCCACAGUUAUCACCGCGAAAUAUAUGGCCGAUCUGACUCGGCAACUAAGCCGGGCAAGACAUGCGAAAUCCCGAUACGUCGAUGAGUGGGAUCGCUUACUUAACGACGCUUCAUGGACUCAAGCGAUCCUAGAUUCCGCGGGGUCGAAGAAGUUAAAUAUAGGGGCAAGCUCCCCAGGCUCCUCCUUUUUGACAAAGGUCACUCUCCUCACACCCUACACAAGAUAUCUUGUUCACUUCCAUAUCAUAUCUUAUUCCCGCAUUUUUCUUGGCGGCUUCCUCGCCCUCGGCUCAGCCUGCAUCAUAUGGUCCGAGUUAGUAAAAGCGGUUUUACCAUCAUUAUCCGUUAUCCGAUUUACCGUAGUUCAUCAUUGGACGGGGGACAGCGGGCGGGUUGGCUUCGCAGGCCAGGUCAUCGCUGCGCUUUGGAUCAUGUACAUGUGCACGGCAGCUCUGCAUUCGGUGACCGAGGUCAAAGUGUGGCGCGGUCGCGCUCUGGUCCGACGCAACACCGCCCACGAAUCAGCGUUCUGGUACGCUGGCCAGGUGGCCAAACUCAGCGUGCCCCUAUCAUACAAUUUCGUCACUUUCCUAUCUCGGGACAUAUACGAAAAGACGACCUUCUACAGCAUUCUCGGACAAUAUGUCGACCUUACCCCUCUUGGAAAGUGGUUCGACUAUCUAUUCCCCGUACUCGUUCUCAUCCCCGUCUGUGCUACCCUGUUCGGGUUAUACGGCAAGGUUAAGCAAUUCUUCGGCUUCGGCGACAUCGUGGACGAGGACGAGGAGAACCAGCCCAGUUACGGGUCCGGCUCCUGGCGCGAGGGGCGAGAUCUCAUAGAACGCGAGUUGAACGGAACCUCGAUCUCCAGGAGACUAGACGAGGCGGUCUCCCGGUCGGCCAACGGCCAAAACGGCCGCGCGGCUCCAAUAUUAACGGUACCCGCGGCUCGCAGGGAAUCGCCGCAAACACCGUUCGCAACCUCGCCCUCCUACCACGACGAACCCUCCAGAAGACCAGCGCCGUCCUCUCGGCCCGGCAUCUCCGACCCGGAAGCCGAGGACGACAACUUCUUCACCAACCUCGGCCACCGGUUCAAGAACACGUUCGACACCAUCGAUGCCCCGAAAUGGUUUCAGGAAAUAGGCGACGGGAUCAAGAAGCCGAAGUGGAUGGGUGGCGAUGACGGGGCUGGCGAGAAUAGUAAUAGUAGUGGGAGUGGGAGUGGGAGUGGGAGUGGUAAUAAUAGAGCAGCGAGAAGCGAUUCGGAUAUACGGCGGUGGUUUGGGGGCGAUGGGAGGAUACGGCUCUAACUAACUAAAGGUUUCGGAUAGGGAGGUAGGUACAGUAGGUAGGUAUGGACUACUACUUUCAAAAUUCAUACCUUGGAAAGACAUAUAUGCAUAGUAUUAUUAAUUCAUGACAUCAAGAUUUAUAUUGCAUGCUUA